GAGCUCCAGCUGGAAACUAUAAAACCUGCCUGCAGACAAGGCACACUGGAGUAAAUUCAAUCAGAUUCCAGAAAUUUCACUUCUGAAAGAGAGAAAAUGUCUCACGUCAACAAAAUCAACAGCAAUGGUGUUUCAGACAAUGGCAUUCACAAUUAUGCCCUCAACAACAAUCAAAUAAAUGAUAAAGGCAUCUUUGUGAAUGGUAAAAAUAAAAUCCACCCAAGUGAGGUGUCAUCUUUAAUCAGCACCACUAAACAGGAGGCACGCAAGCAGCGCUGGAAUGUGCGAGUCUCUGAGAUGGCAAAGAACACGCUCAAUCCAAUCCGUGCUAUAGUUGAUGGCAUGAAGCUCACCCCGAAUCCUGACAAACCAAUGAUUGCCCUGUCCAUUGGUGAUCCCACUGUAUUUGGAAACUUGCCUACAGAUGACAGUGUGCUUCAGGCUAUGAAAGAUGCUAUUGAUUCCCACAAAUACAAUGGCUAUGCACCAUCAGUAGGUUACCAGAAGAGCAGAGAGGCUGUGGCAAACUUUUACAGUCAGCCAGGUGAUCCACUGGAAUCUAAUGAUGUGAUCCUAACCAGUGGAUGUAGCCAGGCUAUAGAGUUGGCCAUCAGUGUGUUGUGUAAUCCAGGAGACAACAUCCUGGUUCCUUGCCCUGGAUUCUCUCUCUACAAAACCCUGGCGGUGUCUAUGGGCAUCCAGGUCAGACUGUACAACCUGCUGCCGGAGAGAUCAUGGGAGAUUGAUUUGAAACACAUGGAGAGUCUGAUCGAUGAGAGGACAACCUGUAUGAUUGUCAACAACCCCUCCAACCCCUGUGGCUCUGUAUUCUCCAAAGAUCACCUGCAGAACAUAAUCUCAGUUGCCUCAAGACACUGCAUCCCUAUCCUCGCAGAUGAAAUCUAUGGAGACAUGGUCUUUUCCGACACUAAGUUCCAUUACAUGGCCCCUCUCAGCAGUGAUGUGCCCAUCCUGUCCUGUGGUGGUCUAGCCAAGCGCUGGCUUGUUCCUGGGUGGAGACUGGGCUGGAUUCUCAUCCAUGAUCAUAACAACAUCUUCGGACCAGAGAUUCGAGAAGGUCUUGUGAAGCUUAGCCAGCGCAUUCUGGGUGCCUGCACAAUUGUACAAGGGGCAGUUGAGAGCAUCCUUAAUGAAACCCCAUCAAAGUUCUACCAAAGUACAAUCAACUUCAUAAAGUCAAAUGCUGAGAUUUGUUUCUCAGAGCUGUCCACAAUUCCUGGGCUUAAUCCAGUGAUGCCGUCAGGAGCCAUGUACCUAAUGGUUGGAAUUGAAAUGAAGUACUUUCCAGAGUUCAACAAUGACGUGGAGUUCACUGAACGGCUGGUCACAGAGCAGUCUGUGUUCUGUCUACCUGCCACGGCAUUCGAAUAUCCAAACUUUUUUCGGAUCGUUUUGACGGUUCCAGAGGAAAUGAUGGUGGAGGCAUGUGAACGGAUCAGGGAAUUCUGUUUACGCCACUACAGACCCUGCAGUCAAGACAGCAAUGACCUGGACCAGUGAAGAGUUUCAGCUGGACCAUGUAGAGAAAAGGGUAGAACUAAAGGAUGAGAAAAGAGAGUCGAGAGACGAGAAAGGAGAGAAGCACUUAAGAAAGUUAUAAUGAGUACUGAUGUUCCUGCUUUUAGGGAAACCAAAGAAGUUCUUCGCAGACCUUUUAUGUGCAUGUUUAUAUAGACCAUUUUAGUGUCUUAUGUAUAUUUUAUUUAUCAUUGCAGACUAUGUAAUAGCUUGUAAAUGUAUGCAUUAAAUUUAUGGGCGAGAGGCCAUCAAUCUUU